CUUAUCUUCCAAGUUCCAACUACAACUUUCUCUCACCUCCUCCGCUCUCCAUGUCUGGUUCUUUAACUAGAUUUAAUUCCAUCUUCAAGUCCGGAUUUAACACCAUUCUCUUCCUGUGACACUAUGUGAGAGAAGGUGAGGUGUGAGUAUUUAAUGUGUCUCUACGCACUGACCCACUUUUUCUCCUCUUCUUGAUCUGCCUUCACCUUUGUUUGAAAAAUGUUUGUCUGAAAUUAUUCGUGUGACUAUCCAUUCUUAAGCUCACAAAGCUGUGGAUUUUGUUUUUUGUUUUUCCAAGAGAUUACCUUUUUUCGUCUUCCUCCGAGAUCAUUGAAGAAAUUAUAGAGUUCUACUCUUUCUUAACGUCCCUCUUGCAGUCUUGUACAGCUAAAGCCCACAUUGCUAGAGGCCCAUAAAUGUCAUUCCGAAGCAUAGCACGGGAUUUAAGGGACGGUUUUGGAAGCUUAUCACGCCGGAGUUUUGACGUGAGGCUCACGGGCCACCAAAGAGGGAAAUCACAAGUCUCCCUCCAAGACUUGAACUAUCAGUCUUUAGUGAUUCAGAACAGCCACUGGGCUAAUCUCCCUCCUGAGCUGCUUUAUGAUGUGAUUAGGAGAUUGGAGGAGAGUGAGAGUAGCUGGCCUGCCCGGAAGCAUGUGGUGGCAUGUGCUGCCGUCUGCCGCUCGUGGAGGAGCAUGUGCAAGGAGAUUGUUAAGUGUCCCGAAUUUUGUGGGAAGCUUACCUUUCCCGUUUCUUUAAAGCAGUGCUUCAUAAAGAGAGACAAGUCGAAUUGGACAUACUCUCUGUUUUUGUGUCUUUGUCCUGCUUUGCUCGUCGAGAACGGGAAGUUUCUCCUCUCCGCAAAAAGAACUCGUCGGACUACUUGCACCGAGUACGUCAUCUCCAUGGACGCCGACCACAUUUCCCGAUCAAGCACCACUUACAUCGGCAAACUAAGAUCAAAUUUCCUCGGCACCAAGUUCGUAAUCUACGACACGCAGCCCUCCAAUCUAUGCUCGCCGCCGCCACCCGGGCGCUCGAGCCGCCGCUUUUCCAAGAAAGUGUCCCCCAAAGUGCCAGCUGGCAGCUACAACAUUGCCCAGAUCGCGUACGAGCUCAACAUCCUCGGGACGCGGGGCCCACGCCGCAUGCACUGCGUCAUGCACUCAAUCCCGAGGCCUCUCGAGGACGACUCAUUCCGCAGCAGCCUCUCAUUCUCCAAGUCCUUUGAUCACUCGACUGAGUUCACCAGUGCUCGAUUUUCCGAUAUCGGCAAUGAUGACGUGGCCGAGUCCCGACCAUUGGUGCUGAAGAACAAGGCGCCUAGGUGGCAUGAGCAGCUGCAGUGCUGGUGUCUGAAUUUUCGGGGACGGGUGACGGUGGCGUCUGUGAAGAAUUUCCAGCUGAUUGCCGCCGGUGGCGGUGGUCCGGCGGCCGGAGGAUCGCAGCCGAGUGGAGGGCAGCAGUUGUCGGAUCACGAUAAGAUUAUUUUGCAGUUUGGGAAGGUUGGGAAGGAUAUGUUCACGAUGGAUUAUAGGUACCCGUUGUCGGCUUUUCAGGCGUUUGCUAUAUGCCUGAGCAGCUUUGACACAAAACUAGCUUGUGAAUAGAGGCAUCUUAUCUUGUCAGGGUCUUUUUUCUUUGGUUAAGUUGAGAUUUAAGAUAUAAGUAGCUGCUGUGUCUGUGAUCUGUAGUUUGGUGUGUGUGUAUAUUUGUCCUAUUCUUCAUUGGGGUAAGGGAGG